AUGUUUCUUUCUGAUUCGCACAGAAACCAUCUCUUUCUCGUACAUACCAAUACACAACAACAGGCAGAAACCAUCCCUUUCUCGUACAUACCAAUACACAACAACAGGACACAACCGUCCCAACUGCCGUUAAACGCAUUCAACGUAUACGACCCCACAGUCACUGCACAGGUGCGCCUAUUGAAACGUGCACUGCCUCUCCCAUUCACAGGCAACGACACUUCACUGACGCAUACCAGCUCUUGUUCCGGCAUCCACUCCGCUACCACUACCAACAACAACAGCUUCAUCAGUGAACAGGGCCUGGACCUACACACAGCCGCACACACAUACGCACCCACACACUCACACACUCACUCGUACACCCACAACCCCCCCCACUCGGCACGGGCCAGGCGGGUGUCUGCGCUCAACACGUUCUCGUAUGACAACAUUAUGCCCAAGGAAAACGCCGACGCCCUCUCAGCAACCACCAUUACAG